AUGGCGACCGGAGUCCUUCAAAGAGCCUGCAGCGGGCUCAAAUGCACAAGAAAUGCUAUUGUUGCGAAUGGACAAGUCAUUACAGCCACAAGGGGUGUCUCUGGUUCCUCUGACAGUUGGUUCAAGUCUCUGUUUGUGAGAAAAGUCGACCCCAGGAAGGACGCUCAUGCCCAAUUGCUCUCAAAGAAGGAAGACCUCAACCUUUACAAAAUACAGUUUCACAAUGUCAAGCCUGAGUGCCUCGAUGAUUACAAUGAACUUUGUGAAGAAGUGCUGCCUUCGAUCCACGCAGACCCCGAGUAUCCCUGUGAGCUGGUGGGGACCUGGAACACAUGGUACGGGGAGCAGGACCAGGCAGUUCACCUGUGGAGAUAUCGGGGAGGAUACCCAGCUCUCACCGAAGUCAUGAGCAAACUCAGACAGAAUAAGGAGUUCAGUAAGUACAGAUCGGAGCGGGGGAAGAUGCUUCUGUCUCGCAGGAAUCAGCUGCUUCUCGAGUUCAGUUUCUGGAACGAACCCACUCCUCGCGCCGGACCCAACAUCUACGAGCUCCGGUCCUACCAGCUCAGGCCUGGGACCAUGAUCGAGUGGGGAAACUAUUGGGCUCGUGCCAUUGACAUCCGCCAGCAGAACCAGGAGGCGGUGGGCGGCUUCUUCUCUCAGAUCGGCAGUCUGUAUCAAGUGCAUCAUUUGUGGGCGUAUAAAGAUCUGGAGUCCAGAGAAAACACCAGAAAUGCGGCCUGGCAGCGAGAGGGAUGGGACGAGGUGGUCUACUAUACAGUCCCUUUGAUUCAAACCAUGGACUGUAGGAUAAUGAUUCCUAUGAAGACGUCACCGUUAAAACCACGUGCUGGAGUCUUCUGGAAGCUCUUCCCUUCAGCCUCUCGAGCCCAAGCGGUGAACACUCCACCCCGGCUUCACUCUACACUUCACUCCGCUGGAAGAGCCAUGUCUGCGGUGAAAGCGCUGAACCCCAAGGCGGAGGUGGCGAGGGCCCAGGCGGCUCUCGCAGUCAACAUCAGCGCGGCCCGGGGUCUCCAGGACGUGCUGAGGAGUAAUUUGGGACCGAAGGGGACCAUGAAAAUGCUGGUGUCUGGAUCUGGAGACAUUAAACUCACCAAAGAUGGGAAUGUUCUGUUACAUGAAAUGCAAAUCCAGCAUCCGACAGCAUCUCUCAUCGCCAAAGUGGCCACGGCGCAGGACGACAUCACAGGAGAUGGAACCACAUCAAACGUCCUCAUCAUCGGAGAGCUGCUGAAACAAGCUGACAUGUACAUUUCAGAGGGUCUGCAUCCACGAAUAAUCACAGAGGGCUUCGAGGCGGCGAAGGAGAAGGCUCUGGCCGUUCUGGAGGAGAUCAAAGUGACGCAGGAAAUGAACAGAGAAAUGCUCAUCAAUGUGGCACGGACUUCACUCAGAACCAAGGUCCAUGCGGAGCUCGCAGAUCUGCUCACAGAGGCUGUGGUCGAUGCUGUUCUGGCCAUCGCUCGACCCAACGAGCCGACCGACCUGUACAUGGUGGAGAUCAUGGAGAUGAAGCACAAGACCGACUGCGACACACAACUGAUCCGAGGUCUGGUUCUGGACCACGGUGCUCGACACCCGGACAUGAAGAAGAGAGUGGAGGACGCCUACAUCCUGACCUGUAACUUGUCUCUGGAGUACGAGAAGACCGAGGUGAACUCCGGCUUCUUCUACAAGAGUGCGGGCGAGCGAGAGAAGCUGGUGGCGGCCGAGAGGAAGUUCAUCGAGGACAGGGUUCAGAAAAUCAUCGCUUUGAAGAACAAAGUGUGUCCCGACGGAGAGAAGGGCUUCGUCGUCCUGAACCAGAAGGGCAUUGACCCGUAUUCUCUGGACGCUCUGGCGAAAGAAGGCAUCGUUGCUCUGCGCAGGACCAAGAGGAGGAACAUGGAGAGACUGACUCUUGCCUGCGGCGGGAUCGCAAUGAACUCUGUGGAAGACCUGACUCCGGAAUGUCUGGGACACGCUGGUCUGGUUUAUGAACACACACUGGGAGAGGAGAAGUACACGUUCAUUGAGAAGUGUGGAAACCCUCGGUCUGUGACGCUGCUGAUCAAAGGCCCAAACAAACACACACUGACUCAGAUCAAAGACGCCGUGAGGGACGGACUCCGCGCCGUCAAGAACGCCAUCGAAGACGGCUGCGUGGUCUCAGGCGCCGGUGCCAUUGAAGUGGCCAUUGCUGAUGCUUUAGUGAAACACAAACCCAGCGUCAAAGGCCGAGCCCAGUUGGGAGUCCAGGCCUUCGCAGACGCCCUCCUCAUCAUCCCAAAGGUCUUGGCAACAAACUCUGGUUACGAUUCUCAGGAGACUUUGCUGAAGCUGCAGACUGAGUACAAAGAGUCCGGGCAGCUGGUGGGAGUGGACCUCAACACAGGUGAGCCGAUGGUUGCAGGAGAGGCAGGAGUAUGGGACAACUACAGUGUGAAGAAGCAGCUCCUCCACUCAUGCACGGUCAUUGCUAGCAACAUCCUUCUUGUCGACGAGAUCAUGAGAGCUGGAAUGUCGUCAAUGAAAGCUGUCUGUUCGCUCCCAGCAGCAGUAGUGACUUCUGAAGAGGAAAUGGUGGAAAUCCCUGGAGGUUCGUUGUUGAUGGGGACCAGUGCAUCUGAUGGCAGAGAUGGAGAAUCCCCAGUGAGAAAAGUCAAAGUCCUGUCUUUUAAAAUGGACAAGUUCCCUGUGACUAAUGCAGACUUCAGAGAGUUUGUGAGAGCCAACAAGUACAAAACAGAAGCUGAAACAAUAGGCUGGAGUUUUGUGUUUGAAGAUUUUGUGCCAGAGGAGACCAGAGGCAAAAUCACAGAGAGGAUAAAGUCAGCGCCGUGGUGGCUGCCGGUGUGGCGUGCGUUCUGGAGACAGCCCGCAGGUCCAGACUCCGGGAUCAAGGAGCGUCUGGACUUCCCUGUGGUCCACGUGAGCUGGACUGACGCCAAGAUGUUCUGUGAGUGGAGAGGGAAGAGGCUGCCCACCGAGGAGGAGUGGGAGUGGGCCGCGAGAGGAGGGAUGGAAGGCCGGACGUUUCCUUGGGGCAAUCAGUUUAAAGAGAAGAGGGCAAAUCUGUGGCAGGGAACAUUUCCAGACAAAGAUACGGCUGAGGAUGGGUUUCAUGGUGCUUCUCCGGUGAACGCUUUUCCUCCGCAGAAUAAUUAUGGUCUGUUCGACAUGUUGGGAAACACGUGGGAGUGGACCUCGACGCCGUUCUCCGGAGCCCAGAAGAUGUUUGUGCUGAGGGGGGCGUCCUGGAUCGACACGCAGGACGGAUCGGCCAAUCACAAGGCUCGGAUCACCACCAGGAUGGGAAAUACCCCCGACUCUGCCUCCGACAACCUCAGCUUCAGAUGCGCCGCUUCUGUUCACAACAAGAAAGACAAAAGCAGAAACACGUCUGAGUUAUGA